CAGGACUUUAUCCAGACACGCAUCCCAAGGUCUGCAAAUCGCACUCAACUUGGGUUUUAAUAAUAUCACGGAUCACAGUUGCGCUAUUUGAAUCUGAUCUGUUCUGGAUCAGAUAAGAACGACCCAUAGCCAUGAAUCGGCACAUAGUUUAUCUGUUUUUGGGUUUGGUUUUAGGAGCUUUGAGGUCCAGCAAUGGAGGAAUCAGUAGUAGAUAUUCGAGAAGUAACGAUAUCAGUGCUGAUAUGCCGUUGAAUAGUGAUGUUUUUGCAGUGCCACCUGGGUAUAAUGCUCCGCAACAGGUUCACAUAACACAAGGGGAUCAUGAAGGGAGAGGAGUGAUUGUUUCUUGGGUUACACCAAAUGAACCCGGUUCAAGUAAAGUAACUUACUGGGCUGAGAAUACUCAGCUCAAAAAACACGCAGUCGGAAAAUUUGUCACCUACAAGUACUACAAUUACAGCUCACCAUACAUCCAUCAUUGCACCAUCAAGAAUCUGAAAUAUAAUACCAAGUAUUUUUACGAGCUCGGGACAGGAAAUGCCACGCGACAGUUCUGGUUUACCACACCUCCUGAAGUGGGCCCUGAUGUUCCUUAUACCUUUGGUCUUAUCGGGGAUCUCGGUCAAACGUUUGACUCAAACCGAACUUUGACUCAUUACGAAUCAAACCCGGCAAAAGGACAGGCUGUGCUUUUCGUUGGAGACCUUUCUUAUGCCGACGCAUACCCGUUGCAUGAUAACAAUAGGUGGGAUUCAUGGGGAAGGUUUGUAGAAAGAAGUGUCGCGUACCAACCAUGGAUUUGGAGUGCUGGGAAUCAUGAAAUCGAUUUUCUUCCUGAAUAUGGUGAAGGUGAACCAUUUAAGCCAUAUACACAUCGGUAUUAUGUGCCAUAUGAAGCAUCCGGGAGUACAUCUCCUCUUUGGUACUCGAUUAAACGAGCUUCUGCUUACAUUAUCGUGAUGUCAUCCUACUCGGCUUAUGGAAUGUACACGCCUCAAUAUAAAUGGCUCAUGAACGAGCUGCCCAAAGUGAACCGAACCGAGACACCAUGGUUAAUAGUGGUUAUGCAUUGUCCAUUGUAUAGUAGCUAUGUACAUCAUUAUAUGGAAGGUGAAACCAUGAGAGUGAUGUACGAACAAUAUUUUGUUCAGUACAAAGUUGAUGUUGUGUUCUCUGGACACGUUCAUGCCUACGAGCGAACGGACCGGGUAUCGAAUAUAGCUUACAAUAUCGAAAACGGGUUGUGCAAUCCUAAAUAUGAUGGAUCUGCCCCUGUUUACAUAACCGUUGGUGAUGGAGGAAACCAAGAAGGAUUGCUCUAUGAGAUGGUGGAUCCACAACCGAAGUAUUCGGCAUUUAGGGAACCGAGCUAUGGGCAUGCUACAUUCGAGAUCAAGAACAGAACGACUGCUUAUUACGCUUGGCAUCGUAAUCAAGAUGGAUAUUCUGUCGAAGCGGAUUCUUUCUGGUUUCACAAUUUGUACUGGACUUCAACAUCAGAUUCAUCAGCUGCAUCUUUCUGAGUAUAAUUUCAAGGUUAGAAGUCAGAAUUCCACGAGUGAAUAUGUUCAUCAGCUGCAUCACCAGAUUCAUCAUGUUGCAUGUGGAUCUUAAGGCUAAUGUUAAGAUUUAAACUAUGUGGGUGAUAGUCAGAUCUAUAGAUAUAUAUGAUAAAAUGCAGUAAAAUGAGUUACUAAAAGAUUGUGUUUGAGAUGAUGGUGUUUGGAUGUGUUUCUUGUAUUUGAAAUUAAAAUCAUAAUAAGAUGAUUAAAUGUUGAAGUAUUAAGUAAA